GGAAACUAAUGGAAUGUAAAGAAAACAUAAGAAUCCAGAGCUGCAUGAAGAGGCUGUUAGUUCAUUUUACAAAAUAAACUCAGUUUACCCAUCAACAGAGAAAGGCGGUUCAACAUGCUUGGAUCCAGAACGAAAUUAGCAGUGGCACUACAAGGCGAUGAAAUAUGCGUGAAGCCUCGAGGGAUGGUUUGGUCAGACUAAAAUAAUUGCAUGAUAACUCUGGCUAGAGGCAUUGUCCUGUUACCAACCAGCCGAUCAAACUCUGCCUGCGUAUUUCGGAUUCGUUGAUUCUAACAGCCACAGAAUGAUAGAAUUAUAGUCACCGUGUCAACUGUAAAAAAUGCUAACUGACCCUAAAGGAUGCUUUCUGGCAGAUAUUAUAAUUUUCAGGGCCUGAUUUGUGUAUAAUACUCCAAGAGACAUAUGAGCAAGAGAAUUACCAUUAAGAGAUGAACCCAUGACUAUGGGGGACUGGAACCUGCUGGGCAGCAUCUUAGAAGAAGUGCACAUCCAUUCCACCAUCGUGGGCAAAAUCUGGCUCACCAUCCUUUUCAUAUUCCGGAUGUUGGUUCUUGGGGUUGCUGCUGAAGACGUCUGGGAUGAUGAGCAAGCGGAGUUCAUUUGCAACACGGAACAGCCCGGCUGCAGCAACAUCUGUUACGACAAAGCAUUCCCCAUCUCCCUGAUCCGCUAUUGGGUGCUACAGGUCAUCUUUGUCUCAGCCCCUUCCCUCGUUUACAUGGGUCAUGCACUUUACAGACUUCGGGCCCUUGAGAAAGAGAGGCAACGGAAAAAAGCCUUCCUUAAAGCCCAGCUAGAGGAGAUUGAGCCAAUAUUAGAAGAGCAUCGGAGGAUAGAGAGGGAGCUGAGGAAGUUAGAAGAGCAAAAGAAAGUCAACAAGGCACCCUUGAGAGGGGCCUUGCUGUGCACCUAUAUCCUGCAUAUCUUGACCCGAUCAGUCUUAGAAGUGGGCUUUAUGGUAGGUCAGUAUCUGUUAUAUGGCUUUCAGAUGUAUCCGCUGUAUAAAUGUACUCGCCCACCCUGCCCUAACACGGUGGAUUGUUUUGUAUCCCGACCGACUGAGAAGACCAUCUUCAUGGUUUUCAUGCAUAGCAUUGCUGCAGUUUCCCUGUUUCUGAAUGUCCUGGAGAUUUUCCACUUGGGGAUUAAGAAGAUUAAAAAUACUCUUUGUGGGAGGCCCAAAGAGGACCUUGGAGUUCCCGAUGAAGACGCUAACCUCUCCAGCUCCAAGAAAAAUUCAGUAAUACAACAGGUUUGCAUCAUGUCAAACUCUUCUCCACAAAGCAGUUUUAAAUUUAAGUCAGAGCAACAAGGCGGGCUGCCAGUUUACUUGACUCCCGAGGAAGGAUACACCCAUGCAGAACAAAAUCAAAACGUAGAGUCACAGUGGGGUGGCAACCAAAGAAAUAGGCCAAAUCAGCAUCAGGACCAUGUCUACCGGCAUCUAGAGCAUCCUAAUGAGGGCAACCAGCACCACAACAGACAUCUUCCUAGGCACCCUCCAAACCUCAUGCCUCAUCGACAUGACUAUCAACAUCAAAAUGAAUCUUCCAGCAGUGAGGACAUGCAGAAACCACUCCAGCAGGGAACAAACAACUAUCGGAAAAAUGAACUACACGCGCUGGAACAUUCCAAGACCACUCAACACAGUACAAAAGCUCCUGUGGUCUCCGGCCACCCAGAGAGUCCACAAGCUGUUCUUCGGAAACAGAGCCAGGUGAUGGCCUGCAAGGACUUGGGAGAUGACCGUUGUGAUUCUCCAGACAGUGGGCAUUAUCAGAACCGCAAGUCGAGUUUUUUGUCCAGGGUGCUGUCCCAGAGCCACCUGGACACCGACUCAGAGACUUCAGACUCGCGGAAUGGCUCUGGUUCAGAUGCUAAACGCAGAAAUGACCGCAGUCCUCCUAUCACACCACCUCUUCCUUCCACAGCUGGACGCAGAAUGUCAAUGGCAAGUAGACCCAAGCGGCCUUUCUUCUAUACCCUGCUAGUGUGA